AGUUGUGAACCCGUUUACAAAACAGGUUUGGUUGGCCUUGAUCUUUACCAUUACAAUCUUUGGAUUAAUAUUCCGGAAAUUCGUGAAAGACAAUAAAGGAGAACCAUGGACUUUAAGGAGAACGUAUUGGUAUCUGAUGUCAACGUUAAUGUCUCAAGGAGUCGACAGCAACAACGUGAAUCGUUUAUCUUCUAGAAUAGCAUUUGGCAUCUGGUUGCUUAUGACAGCAGUCUUGAUCUGGGGUUACGCCGGAAUAUUGACGUCAUUUAUGGCCUUACAAACUGAUGAACCGGUUCCGAACACGUUUGACGAAUUAGCAGAAGGCAUUGAAAGACGAGAAUAUACAUGUGUACUGAUUCCGCAUGUUUACUUAGAUCGAUAUUUAAAGGAGUUAAGAACAAAACACGCAAGACUUUUUGUUACAGAAAGCAAAAAACAUAUUGAUGUUAUGAGUGCAAAGGUGAAACGAAUGAAAGCUGCUUUCGUGAAAAAGUUUUUCAAAAAUUACGUAGAUAGAGAAGCUAAAAGUCAUAAAGAAGCGAAGGCUUUUGCAGGAAAAUUGUUUACCGAUAUUCUUAGAAAAGAUCGAAUGGUGGUUAUCGGAACUGCUUCCGCUGAGAAUCUUGUUGUAGUUGCUUAUGGAUCAAACUAUGUGAAAUCUGGUGAUGUUCUUUCUACAGUUUAUAAAGGAUUUGCCAUGAGAAAAGGAUUUCCGUAUAAAAAACAAGUUAACAAACUAGUACGAAGAAUAUUUGAGACAAAAAUUUUUAAAAAUGAAGUUUUUCAUGUACCCAGUUUUGAAGAUGCGGUGAAACCUUUAUUUGUAGCAGAUUUAUACGGUGCACUUGGAAUCCUCGUGAUAGGAUACAGUUUGUCCUUUGCUUGUUUUCUCACUGAAAUAGUUCUUGGAAAGUUUCUCAAAUAGAAACGUUGAGUUAUAUGUUACAGCAAUUUCAUCUUAACCUGCAUGGCAUCAAUCUUUACAAAGUUUACAAAUGUCGAGGCAUUCAGCGAACAGCAACGCUGCAGAUGCUAUAAUAAAGCGUAUGUCUAAAGUAAUGUUACGUGACGUCUCUAUCUGAAGGCUUUUUGUAAGCAAUCUGCCAUUGUUCGAGCAAAUAUUUACUUGUUACAAUAAAUCGCUUUAAAACAGCA